CGAGCGACUCACUAACAACCCAACGCCCAACGUCCAACAGUCCAAUACCGCCAAAAUGGGUCGCGUCCGUACCAAGACCGUCAAGAAGUCCGCCAAGGUCAUCAUUGAGCGGUACUACCCCAAGCUCACCCUCGACUUCGAGACCAACAAGCGCAUCUGCGAUGAGAUCGCCAUCAUCGCCUCCAAGCGCCUUCGCAACAAGAUUGCUGGCUACACCACCCAUCUGAUGAAGCGAAUUCAGCGUGGGCCCGUCCGCGGUAUCUCCUUCAAGCUUCAGGAGGAGGAGCGUGAGCGCAAGGAUCAGUACGUUCCUGAGGUCUCCGCUCUGGACUUCACCCAGAACUCCGAGAGCGGCGGUCAGCUCGACGUCGACGGCGAGACCAAGGAUCUCCUCAAGCACCUUGGCUUCGAGUCCAUCCCCGUCAACGUCAUCCCCGUCUCUCAGCAGCAGGUCCCCGAGCGUGGUGGCCGACGAUACGGCGACCGCCCUCCUCGCCGCGACUAAAAAAUUGGUUUUGGGAACAUUAUGGGUGUCUGGGAUUUACAGGGUUUGCUACUUGGCGUCUUAGGACAGUGAGUGCAUAGGUCUCAAAGAAAGAUCUUCCAACCCCCC